UUCUUCUUCUCACGUUGUCGUUGUCAUUGUCAUUGUUCCUUCUCUUCUGCCUCAUAGAAGGCCAGUGUCAGACCAUCGGAGACAAUCAUGUCCCCCAGAACUUCUCAUGAUGUCGAACGGGACUUCGACAAGAGCCAUGUCGACAACGUCGAGAUCGUGACCGAUGGAGUCGCCAAUGCCGAUAAACCAAACCCCAAGAAAGAGGCCCCGGCCUAUGUGGCCAGUCUCUCCCCCGAGGAGCGCGAGAGAGCCGAGAAGGCCCUGGUCCGCAAGAUUGACCUGCGUCUUCUGCCCAUGAUCAUCAUCAUGUACAUCCUUAACUAUCUGGACCGGAAUAACAUCGCUGCUGCCAAACUCGCUGGUCUCGUCACCGAUUUGAACUUGCAGGGCGUGGAAUACCAGACCUGUGUCAGUAUCCUGUUCGUGGGUUAUCUGUUGAUGCAAAUUCCCUCCAAUUUGCUCCUGAACAAGUUCGGAAAGCCGGCCCUCUACCUUCCGGGUGCUAUGAUGCUAUGGGGUAUUAUCUCUACGUGCACGGCGGGAGCUCAGAACUAUGCCGGCUUGGUUGUAGUUCGCUUCUUCCUCGGUUUUGUUGAAGCUGCUUACUUCCCUGGCUGUCUUUACUUCCUUAGUGCCUGGUACACGCGCAAGGAACUCGGCUUCCGCACGGCAGCCCUCUACUCGGGUUCCCUGAUUUCAGGUGCUUUCUCUGGACUUAUUGCCGCUGGUAUCACCGAGAACAUGGACUACAAGAUGGGUCUUCGUGCUUGGCGCUGGCUUUUCAUUAUCGAGGGUGCAAUCACCAUCGUUGUUGCCGCCAUCUCCAUUUUCAUUCUGCCCAACUUCCCCAGAACCACCAGUUGGCUCAGCGAAGAAGAGAAGCAGCUGGCCGCUUGGCGGCUGGAAGAAGACAUCGGUGAGGACGACUGGGUGGAUAGUGAACAGCAAACCUUCCUCCACGGUGUGCAAUUGGCCUUUACCGAUAUCAAGACCUGGAUUCUUAUGCUGCUCAUCUUGUGCAUUGUCUCUUCCGCCUCCGUCACAAACUUCUUCCCCACCGUCGUCAAGACCCUCAACUACGGCAACAUCGAGACGCUUCUGCUCACCGCUCCCCCAUACGUUCUGGCUGUCAUCUGUGCCUUUGCUAAUGCCUGGCAUGCCGAUCGCACUGGCGAGCGUUACUUCCACAUCACCCUACCCCUAUACAUCUCCGUAGUGGCUUUCAUCCUCGCUGCCACCACCACCAGCAUCGCUCCCCGUUAUGUCUCUAUGAUGCUGAUGGUCCCAUCCCUGUACACCGGCUACGUGGUAGCCCUGGGCUGGAUCUCAAGCACUCUCCCCCGUCCGGCCUCGAAGCGUGCUGCAGCUCUGGCAGGUAUCAACUGCGUCAGUAAUGCCAGUAGUAUCUAUGCCAGUUACAUGUACCCGGACAGUGAUGCACCGCGAUUCGUCACUGCUAUGACCGUCAACUGUGUCACCGCCUUCGUAGCCAUCCUGUCCGCAACUGCCCUCCGCUUCAUCCUCGUCCGGCUGAACAAGAAGCUCGAUCGGGGCGAGGGCCUGGGCGAUGGCGGAGGUGUCCCUGGACAGGCCAGCUCCAGGGGCUUCCGUUUCUUGGUUUAGAAUUAGGAUUGUUUUGUUACGACAUCGGAUUGUUAUGGGUUGAUUUAAAUACCCCGAGCGGGUUAUGGUUAUGGUUAUGGUUUUGGUAGUAUAUUUUGGACACAGGCAUUCUUAUAUGAUUUUGGGGUCAUCUAGUUGGCUGGCUAGUAUCAUGACGAGUAUGCACGAUGCACGAUGCAUGAUGCAUUAUGAUGUGUUAUUUUACCUAUCUAUUAUUGG